GGAGUGCGGAAUCUACUACAUGACUGUAGCCUUUCCUUUUCCUUUGGAGUGUUUACUUGCAGACAGUGAUCACGAUGCACAGAAAACAAACCCUCUUCAGUCUGAACGUAGUUACCAGGUUACAGUACAAUUGUAGUUCGCGAAAGGCUUGAUAUGGUCGGGGUUACGGGAGCUCUUGCACAAUUGUGACCGAUAUGGCCGCAACUGGCGUAAGCUGGCCGAGCCUAUUGCCAGUACUGGUGGUUCUCAAGGCAGUAUUCGCUACGCUUACCAUUCUACUCAGCUCCCGCAUUGUGGCUGUCCGUUCUCUCGAUUCGCUGGUGCAUCCGGAAACGAUCCGACCCUAUUGUCCACAUUACGCGUACUUCGCUGGUAUUCACAGCCAGCCAUCUCCUAAACACACCAUGAUGGUCAGGGAUAGUCGAUUCACCGAAGAAUACGAAGCUUUGCUAGCGCUGGGAAUACCAGCGGGAUCUGAAAGCGCCAAUCGCAGCGCAGUCGUCCGUGUUGAUGGCCUGGAUAUCUCCAAAAACGACGGGCAAACAUGGCGACCCUUGGACGCUCUAGACCUCCACUUCUUGCCUGAACCUUGCCGUAAACCAAAAUCGUUCACGCCAGCUCUGGCGACCAGUCCUGACAAGCGACAGCUGGUGAUGUUCGGAUUCGGAGCCGAGCCUCAGUGCCACCAAGUUUUGAUCUACGAACCGCGACGCUUUCACUGCAUUCUGCGCACUCAGCAUGGAGACGCAGGAGGCGGCCGCGACCCUGCACAAGAUCUGCGUGGACCUGCACAUUACCUGCAUGCGAUCACGACCAUUCCCUCCGAAAUGACCCAGGGCUAUACCAUAGUCUCCUUCGGCGGAAUAAGAUGCGACAGACCGCCGUGUCCGCUAAGAAAGAGCUCUGUCCACAAUGAUCUGUGGCUACUGGAUGUCCCUGCAACUGGCAUUUGUUCCCCAUCUACUGUUGCAAAGUGGAGGCUAGUCGAGCCGGAAAAUUUCGACGCAGAUUUACCGAUUCCGCGUGCUUUUCCAUCGAUGUUCACACUGGCGGACGCGAGAGUGCUGAUGGUCGGUGGAUUUCGCCUUCCUUCGGAAAAGGGGGACACGGAUAACCAACUGCCACGCGUAUUGUUGGAUACUUGGCAGUUAGAUAUAACAGUCGGCCGCUGGCUGCGCUUGAGGAGCUCUUUGCAUGAUGCGUUCGGACGAGAGACGGAGCAAGAGGUGCGCAACUUUUUGACCGACCUUCAAUCAUUGUCGUAUAACGCAGCGUACAUCGCCGACACAGAGACCCUGGUUGUGGCAAAGAUUGUGAGGGAACGAGUGACGGCUCACGAUCCAGAUGAGAACUUCAUGGUCGUUGGGUGCAAGGUUGGCCGUGCGAGUUGUGGAAGCUGCAGCACGCUACGGACCAAGAGUAGACGCUCGGUACUGACCUCGAUGCAGACGUUGGCAACAAGCAGCAGCACGGCUUACCUGAUUCAUUUCGGAUGUGAGGAGACUCUACAGUUGCUCUUCGACUUCCAAGGUCACGCUCAGAGCGGCACCGCCAGUAGUAGUAGUAGUAGUAGUAGUAGUAGUAGUAGUAGCGCUAGCAGAAGCAGCAGCCAGCAACUGUCUGAUUCGACGCUGAACAUGCAGGUAGUACCCGUACCAGAUUCCUCAAACCCACAUUUCUGCUAUCCUGGAGCUUUCCGUUGUCUCUCGUCCACACCUGUGACAUACCCAUCUCAGCAUGUUGCCAAUGGACGUGACCUCAUCAUUGUCGGUGGAACUUGUCUAAACUUGAUCCAUGGAAGCCGAUACUCUAUUCACAAGCCCAUACUGGGAGAUGUCGUCAAGGGAAUGAGUGUUUGGUUCCUGCGUAAGUCUCUCGAUGGUGACAAGCGGCCUCGGCUCACAUACAUCAUGAAGCGUUUCCGGCACGGACCGCGAGACUCGCGUAUGCUGGGUCAUUCCCUCACUCGCGUCUCGAGCAAGGCAAUUCUCUUCGGCGGCCUGGCCCAUCAGAACAAAAUGUUCAAGCCCGUGCUGCGUCGACCGUGGUGUUUUGAUCUGCAAAACCACUAUUGGUUGGAGAUGCAAUAUCCGCCGGCAUCUAACCUGCAACCAAGCCCCAGAGCCGACCAUGUCAUCUUUGCGCACAACGAUACCAGUCUGAUCGUGUACGGUGGGAUGACCGCGAACCAAACGGGACUCGGCGACCUGUGGCUGCUGUCGUUUACGGACCUGGCGCAGUGCAAAGGCCGCUGGCACCUGCUGACAGGGUUGAUCACGUCAGGUGGUGCUGCAUUGCAAGCCAGGUACGGCCACCGCUGGACUCUAAUGAACGGCCGCAAUAUGAUCUACGGAGGCUCACAGCGGCAGCCAUGGAGCGCACAGGACAGGGAAACUGCCAAGUGGAUCACUGAGCUGUACAUAUCACCCGACGGCAGUCGAGUGGUGGUCACAAAUAUUCCAUUGUCGCCGGCUCCAGCCGCUCCUGUCAGAUUCCACUCCAUCACGCAGUACACAUCCAUGGCAAUUCUUCUAUUAGGUGGUCAAUACCCAAGUGGCGAGGACCCGCAACAAAGUUACCUGAUUCGUCUGAGCUCCAACAACACCAACCAGGUGACGGCUUCAGUGGAGCCAUUCUUCGGUUGUAAAGCAAUGGAAGGGCACCACGUAGCGGAAGGUCUGGCAUUGUCCGUGAUUUCCAAGCGGCCAUUGAACAACGGACUGAGCCACUCACGCAAGUGCAACCCGAACGUCUUCGCGGUUCGCAACACGGACGAAUGCCCAGUUGGGCAGGAGCGCACCACCGCCAACACCUGCGAGCCGUGCCAUCAGGGUGCCUUUUCCGACACCUACGGUGGUCGCUGUAAGCUCUGCCGAAAGCCUCUGGUGACGAACGGCACGGGCGCCACGCUGUGCCGGCUUCCGUCGCCAUGCACACCAGGACAUUGCCACGGCAACGGACGGUGCAUCGUCAGCGAGGGAGCACUCACGGCAAUGUGCGAGUGUCGCUUUGGCUUCCUGCCGUAUGAUAACUGCCACGUCCCAUUCGUGUACCUCUCCCAGCUUGCUGUGGCAAUCUUCUUGAUCAUGAUAGCUGCAUGCUUUGUCCACGUUCGCAGGUAUUGCCGCCAAAAAAGUGACCUGCGAGAGAAGGAAGCUGAACUCAGUGACAAGUACAAGGAGCUUGCCAUCUCGGUCAAGAAGCUGGACCAAUUGAACAAUGGUGCAAUCAUAGACUGGUCUUCUCUAAAGCUCCGGGAAAAGCUCUCCGAGGGACCAAAGAACAGUGUCUGGGCAGCCGAGAUGUUCGACAUGCUCGUUGCGGUCAAAACCCUGCCGUUGGAGAGCAGCACGCUCACGCCGUACGAUCUGUUCGCGCAGGAAGCCGAGAUCCUGCGCUCCAUCCGCCAUCCUAACAUCGUCACGUUCCUGGGAGCAGGUACAGUAGGCACCACGGGCCGGCACAGCAGCUUCUACGUCAUGGAGUACCUGCGACGCGGCUCCCUGUUCGAUGUGCUGCACGAUGCCGAGAGCAUAUUCGAUCACCAGGAUCACGUGAGGUUCUCGUGCGACAUUGCUAGGGCCAUGCACCACCUGCACGACCGCACGCCGCCGCGCAUCCACCGCAACCUCAAGACGCCGCACCUGCUCGUCAGCGACAAGUGGGUGGUGAAGGUUGCCGAUCUGGCCACCGCUCAUUUCAUGGACAUUGCUACUGCCGAGCAGCCAUCCACCUCGCCAGGAUCAUCAUCGAAAGCAUUGCAGCAGCACAAGGCGCGGAGCUUGGGUCGUGAUCUGAAAACUCCGUUAUUGCAAAACAGUGAGCAUGGCGCAACAGACACGUGCCUGGACCUGAUGGAGACAGACAGCAACAUUGACGACAUCCGAUGGCGCUCACCGGAGCUUCUGCAGUCUAAGCCAUACUCGGAGAAAACAGAUGUAUAUAGCUUUGGCGUCAUCCUUUGGGAAAUCUACACUCGACAGCUGCCGUACGGUCAGUUCCACACUGCCAGUGCCAUCCGCGAGGAGAUCAUUGCUGGACGCUCUCUGACGUUGCCGGCAGACAUGCCGUAUGCCUUUCGCCACCUGAUCGAAGAGUGCCAGCGGGCUGAUCCGGUGGACCGGCCGGAUUUCGACUGGGUGCUGGCCAGCCUGGAGGAGCAGUUCCGACGCUGCGGUCAUGUCUGAACACCGGCACGUUGAGUUACUUUGCCGAAAACUAGGCAACAGGAAGAUCAACGUGCUAGUAGUAUGAUAUAUGUACACGAUGCACGUAUCAGUACAUACACACCGUGACAGCUGAUGCAAGUGAUGCAUGGAGAAUCAAAGUGGAAAAGAGCAUAUCACCUCGUGGCGUGCGACCGCGUGUUGUACAUAUGCCAGCAUGAUGUUCAUGUAGAGUAGAACAGCUUUGAAAGUGAGAAAAUACUAGCCAGCUGCUGCGCCUGUCCUCUGUCUUCUAUUGCCACUGCAUAGCACUAUCGACUCAUUUUCCCUCAAAACUGAUUUCGCCAUUUUGUUGCAUGCAUGCUGACUGGUGUUUUAUGUGAGGUAGUCAUCAAGCUUA